UGCCGCGGUUCGAUUGAUCUGGUGAACAUAACCUGUUACGAUGUUGAUCCGUUUACCGACGUAUUGGACUCGCGAGUUCGCCGAGUUCGCGUUGAUCGUCGCGUACGAUCGUUCUCCUCAGCCGGGACUCGUCGUCGCGUCGAAGAAGAUUCGCAGGAAACGCAUCGAGAGAAUUGCAUGCGUCGGUGGCGACUGAGAUUCCAAAUUGCCGCAUUAUUUAACCUCGUCGUCGGAAGUGUCAUUCAUGUGUGACGUAAACAGAUACUGUAGUAACAAGAGUUUAAUAUCAUGAGCAAGAUCAGAUUGGGGUCAGAGUAUAUUCCGUUGACGGGGAACGAUAUCAACGACAUGUCCAAAGUCCGUCUCGUCGUGCCGUUCUCCAGAGUGGCAUGGUUCACCGUGUUUCUGCCAUUUCUGGCGUUCGUCUUUUGUGUCGCCUGGUCGGUCCUUUACAACUUUGAACAUUCCACCUCCACUCAUUGUCAGGUGUACAAUUUUUUACCAUCUGUCUCAGCAGCUAUAGGUCACUAUAGACCUCAGAAAGAUGUAUGGAAGACUGCUAUAGCAUUGCAAGCGUUAUUAAGAACCUUGGUAUUUACACUGUAUUAUCGUUAUUACAAGGAGCAUGUUUACAAGUGGGCAGAAUACCUAAGUAAUGUAGCGCUCGUUAUGUAUGCCAUUGAAAAUACUUCUCUGGUGACAUUAAGCUUUUGGACUUCCGAUGAGAAUUAUGCGUUCCAUAAGAUGUCUUUCAUAACUUUUUUGAUAACGUCAUUUAUAUACAUGUUCGUAGCUUAUUAUAUUAUGAAAAGUUGCCUGAAUAUUGCAAAAGGCUUAAACGAUGUUUCCUUAAAGUGGAAACGAAGAUCAAUGAUGCUGAAUGUGAUAUGUAUAGUAAUAGCAUGCUACUUCUUUUAUAGACAUAAUAAAUAUUGUGAACCUUUAGUAUAUUCAAUGUUCGCUUUAAGUGAAUAUGGAGUUGUGCUCUCAAACAUGGGAUAUCAUCUAACUGCUGCAUUGGAUUUUGCUACAACGCGUCUUCUGAUAUCAGGAAACAAACUUAGAAUUAUCUAAAAUUUUUUUAAUUACGGUUUUAUUUGCGCGUAUGUGAUA